UUCUACUCAUAUCCAUCAUUCUCUCUGAUCUCAAUAAACAAUCUCUACACACAAACACUCAUAAUCUUUAGUUUCAGCUCUUAUGGAUCAUUUGUUACAUCAGCAGGAUGUUUUUGGGAAUUAUAACAAAACAAGAGAAGUCAUGGGAGUACAAUGUUCAUCAAACCCAACACAACUAGACCAAGAUCAGAAAAAACCGUCUCCGGCGACUGGGGCGGCGAGGCCACAACCACCGGAGCUAGCCCUCAGAUGUCCACGAUGCGACUCAACGAACACAAAGUUUUGUUACUACAACAACUACAGCCUCUCUCAGCCCCGCUACUUCUGCAAAUCAUGCAAGAGAUAUUGGACAAAAGGUGGAACCCUAAGGAACAUUCCCGUCGGAGGUGGCUGCCGGAAAAACAAACGGUCCACGUCUUCGGCGACAAGAAGCCUCAGAACCACCCCGGAACCAGCGUCCCACGACGGGAAAGCGUUCUCAGCUGCGAGUUUCGGUGUGUUUGGUAACAAUGAACACAUUGAUCUUAGCUUAGCCUUUGCCCUGCUGAACAAGCAACCUCCGGGGAGUUCUUCACAGUUAGGGUUUCCUUCAGAGUUCGGUAGCUCUCAUCAGUCUGACAUGGAGAGUGUGUUUGGAGCAAGCCAGCAAAAGGAUAACAUUGGUUAUGUGUUUGGAAACGGGAGCAGCGGUUUGGAUAUGGCCAUGAGUGAUCCAAACAAGGUCUUAUGGGGCUUUCCAUGGCAAAUGAAUGGAGAGAUGAACAUGGGAGGAGGAGGAGGUGGUCAUGUAGAUCACAUUGAUUCUGGGAGAGAGAUUUGGACCAAUAUGAACUAUAUUAAUUCUGGUGCUUUAAUGUAGUUCAAAUUAAAACCUCAAAUUUUAUUUGGGUUUUAAUUUAUUUUAGGGUCUGAGUUUCAUAUUUGUAUUGGGAGGAAAGAUGGGGGUUAGCUAGCUCUUUAUGAAAUGGUUAAGGAACUGAAGAUAUAUUAGGGCUUUUCAAAGAGUUUCAAACUUGCAAUAUUGGGUUGGGGUUGUUCUUUUUUUCUGAUCUAAAUUAAUGUUGAGUUUUUUCUUUUGUAAGUUCAUUGUUUCACUUUAUUUUAAAAGAGACGUUUUCUCAAAUUUCGAAAAGAGUUUGUCUAUGAAGUCUAUAGAGUUUCUGAAGAAUAAAUAAGUUACAAAUGGAAGAUAUCAAUGAAAAUAACAGUUUACUAAGGAA